AUGGCGCGCCGACCACCGACCCGAGCCAGCAGGACCUUGAGCACCAGCCAGCACCCGGCAGGCUCGACCAGCAGCUCCACCCUCGUCAACAACGAGCUCGACGAGAUCGAGAAGCAGCAGGCCGAGUACCAGGCAACGGCGGGGCUGCACGUCUUCGAAGUCCCCGAGGGCUGCCGGCUCCAGCCUCCACCGCCCCAGCGAAAACCAUCCCAGGCCACACGCGAUGAGACCUUCCUGACAAACCGCAUCAACUCCCCCGGCAAACACCUCAGACCGACCGCCCUCCACCACCGCCGGGCCCACCAUCCGUCCACAGAACCGGAAGACAUGCUCAGCAACACCAACAGGCGCGAUCUCAACACUCUCAGCUCCGACGAGAAGAUGGGCGCCCUCUUCGACAGCGUCCAGGAGAGCUUCCACAAAUCAGUCACCCCAAGCAUCCAGAACAUCCCCGAAGAACCGCCCUCUCAUCAGCGCGACGACUAUCCUGCUCGGAUGGCCCGCCAGAUCGAGCCCACCCCCAAACAACGGCCCCCAUUCGCUCAUCUCCGCGGGAAGGUCGACCUGUCCAGCAAGCCAGCCCAGGAGACGCGUCAGGCUUCUUCUUCGCACGCCUGGCUUGACAACAAUCGCGUCACCAACCAGUCCGCAAACGUCACCACUCGCUCCCAGAUCCCGUCCAAAUACCUACCUGCCCACCGCGCCCACGCACCCGCGUAUCCCUCCAGCAAGUCCGCCAGCUCGAGCGCCCAGAACGUCCCCCCCAAGACGGCCAAUGGCCCGGCGAUCAACAAGGAUGGCUGGCGACUGGGACCGAUGACGACCACCGGAAAGUCGCCCUCGGACACCGAAAGUCCCGAAGACACCUUCCACCCCCCCACCUCUGUGCCCCUCGACCCCGCACAGAAACCCCUCUUCCGCGGCGCCUCUGAAUACCAUAACAAGAAAGUCACAUUCUCUCAGGUCCUGGCCGAUAACAACUCCCUGCUCGCCUCCGGGAGCGUGCUGCAGCAGCAUCAGUCUCGCGCAGAUCCUCCGGAGCGCUCGUCGGACACGACGACCGAGGACGACGACCGGCCCCACCAGCAGCGCGACCGGACAGAGCAGACUUUUGUUCGCGCGGACGAGCCCGGCCAGACCACCCUUGCCACGCCCAAGAUCACCGGCUUCUAUCCCAGCACGCCGGCGACCCUGCGUCCCCAGGCUAGGCUCGGGGCCGGCGAGGACGCGUCAAGACUCGAGAAGCUCAAGAGCCUCAAGAACGUGCCUUCCCGGGCCCGGCUGAAGCGCGUCUCCAGCGCGCUCGACGACGAGCCCGGCCAUCUCCCCCCCUCUUCAGCCAGCCUCACCUCCAAGCACCAUCCGGGGACGACUCGGACGGGCAAGGGAAAGGAGAAGCAGGUCGACGCCGACGCCGACGCGGAGCCGCUCUUCGGCGCCGAUCCUUCCCAGCCAGCCCCGGCCGACCCCGCCCCAGCCGCGCAGCCAGCCGAGAACUACGACCAGACCGUCCUCAACACCGACCUCACCCUCGCCUUCCAAACACCCCAUCCCCCCGGCUGGUUCGUCCCCGACCCCAGCGGCUCCACGGACCGUCCCCCGCCAACCAAACCCAUCCGGCGCCCUCCCAGCGCCGCCAAACUGCGCAAAACCGCCGCCUCUUCCUCUUCCCACCCCUUCUCCUCGGCCGGUGACCGCGUCAUCUUCCCCUCCAAUGCGCGGCCGCCCGUCGUCGACGAUGGGACCCCCAGACCGCGCGACGUCGACGAGGGCCCGCGCGAAGACCCUGCCUUCUCGUCGCCCAGCUUCGACGGCUUCGCGCCCCAACAGCGCCGCCCACUCACCAGCACACCCGCGCCCCCUCCCAAACCCCUUCCUCGUCCGCCACCGCCUCCCGGACCGGUGAAGACGCUGAAGGACUUGGCCGCGACGGUCAUCGAGUUCAUCGUCGACAAGAAGCCCCUCGACGUCCUCGCCACCACGUUCUCGCGGACGAGUCAGGACCAGCUGGCCCAGAAGAGCCUCGUCCAGAGCCGCAAGCAGGACAUGCGCGCCAAAGAGAGCGGCCAGAAGGAGCUCGAGACGUUGCUCCUGUCGUCCCAGAAGGUCGAGGACGAGCGGCGCCGGAUCCAGGCCAAGCUUGACGCCCUGCAGGCCGCCAACGGGCCCGGGCGCAGCUCGUUCCUCGCCUCCCUGGUCCCCGCUUCCCUCUUCUCCAGUCUGCCCCGGAAGAGGGGCCCGGCAGGCCGCAGCGGGCGCUGGAAAGUCGUGCUUGUGGGGCUCGUCGUGCAGACGCUGCUCAUCUGGAUGGCCCUCCAUUUGUCGACCGUGCGUAGCUACAACCGGAUCCUGGACGCUUCCGCCAGCGCCCCGUCCGCGUCGUCGGCGUCGUCGACGGCCAUGGGGGGAGCGCCGGGGAUGAAGGUGCCGGGCAGUCUGGCCUACAUGAGUCGCGACCGCCUCGCCCGCGUCCUCUCCGCCCACCAGCGUGGCCCGUCUACGGCGCUUCGGGCUCCGGAGGCCGCCGGCGUCCGCGAGGGCGUCGCCGAGCUCGCGCGCUUCUUCGUCGACUGGCUCGCCGGCUUCGGCCGCUUCUUCCAUCCCUCCGCCCGCUGGCUCCUCCACGUCUCCCGUCUGCGCCCGCUCCUCGCCUUCUUCCGCUGCGUCGACCCGCCCGCCCCGCCCGCGUCCCCGCCCGAGCCCCCAACGAUCCCCUCCAACCGCACCCUCGUCUCCUCUGCCGCACCCUUUGACACCCUCGGAACCGACCAUUCCCGCGCAAUCUUGGACUUCUACCACCAGUUCUUCCCCUUCGUUCCCACUUGA